GGGGACAAAGGGUUAAAGGGAGGGGGAGGGAGCGAAUAGAGGCGAACUUAGACUGAAGAAAGAAAGAAAAAGAAAGAAAAGAAAAGUGUCCUCGGGCCAAGUUCAGAAAACUCUAUCACAACCGUGGGUGUUCAGGGAAUCUGGUCAGAGGAUAAGGGGUGUGAGUUUGGAGAGCUUUAGGUUUUUUUCUCCAGGCCAGAGUGAUUGCAAAGGUCUCAAGGCGUUGGGAGGGCGGGGUAAAGGCACUGAAGUGUGAGGUAGCUAGGGAUAAUUGAAUAAAGCUUAGACUGGAGUGGAGAAACUCAUUUACUGCAUGUCAUCAACUCGAGUGGAAAGGCUUGAAAGAAGCUGAGUAAAGGAGGAAGAGUGGUGUGAACAUGGAGCCCGAGGAGGGACAUAAAGAAGAUCAAGCUGGUAGUGCUGGAAAUGAGGGGCUGAAUCAAGCGUCCACUGUGGGGGAAAAUAACAGAGAAGUGAACGAGGGGACAGCACCAUUCUUUUCAGAGGCAGAGCCCGAGGAAGUAAAAACGGGGGAAAAAUCAAGUCUUGAGAACCUGAAAAGUAAUGCAGAAUAUGAGGAAUUGGGAGGAGCAGGUCAGAAAGAGACUGAUUUAUUUGUGAGCCCAUCUGCAGGAGAAGCAGAAGAAAAAACUCCAAAGCGGAUAGAUCAGAGGAAGAUAAAGAAGCAUGAAGAAACAGGGAUUGUUGAAGACAGAAUUCUAGAAAUGGAUGAAAAAGUUGAUUUGGAAAAUCGGGAUCAGAGGGAGAAAGACGUUCAUGCAGAUACUGAAGGAAAGGCUGAUUAUCCAGCCAAUUUGAAUGACAAGAGCAUUAAACAGACAGCUGAUAGGGAAGGCAUGGCGUUAGACCAGAAGGAUUUAGAGGGAGGGAUUGAAAAAGAGAUUGCUGAAACCACAGAGAUUCAGAAAGAGCAUGCUUUUUCAAGUUUGGAUCAGGGAGGCAAUUUAAAGAUAACCGAAGCGGGAAAGGAUGUAGCAGCAGAUGCAACAUCAGUACAUCAGAGACAGACUGAAGAAUCUGUAGGAUUAGGUAUGGAGCAAAAUAAGGUGUACACCAAAGCUGAGGAUGAGAAAAUAGCUGGAGUAGAGCAAAGUUUAAUUGCACAUGAAGCAGUGACAUUAGUAGAAACCCAGGAAAAACCUGAGGAGCCAUUUGAAAAUCUCGGGGAACCUGGAAAGAGAGAUGCAACAAUGGCAGAGGAGGAAGCCAGGCUGUUAGAAACAAAUCAAGUACAUGUUGAAGAGGCUGAGAAAGCACCAGAGGCAGAGAUUGGAACUGAAAAAAAAGAUGCAGCAACAACACUGCAUCAAACAAAGGCUGAGAAGGUAGUUGAGGGAAGUCAGGGAGAAAGUGGACAACUAUUGGGAGAUCAAAAAGUAACAGUGGUUGAAGCAGGAGUUGCUGAAACAGAAGGAGUUGUGAUUAUACCAGUUGAAGAUAAAACUGAGGAUUUGGUGGAGACAAGUGAAGUAGUAAUGGGCGAGAAAGAUUUCACUGCCGUGGAAGCAGAGAGUGGGACAAUUGGGAAGGUGACAGCAGAAGAUGAUGUAUCAUUAGUAGUUGAAGUUAAGGAUGAAAAUUUGGUGGACAUUAGUGAAACACAGAUGGGAGAAGAGUUGAUUAAAGAAAAAGAUCUAGCAGAAGUAACAGUAACAGAAACAGAGAAAGAUGUAGGAGAAGUAACAGAAACAGAAAGUCUAAGAAUAAAAAAAGAAAUGCCUCAGAUAGAAAUGGAAGAAAUACCUAUACAUAUCCAGGAUAAGAGAGGUGAAGAAAAGACUGAAUCAGAGAUGAUUGAAGAGAAAGUUGAAGAUUUGACACAACCAGAACAAAAGCCAAAAGAACAAGUAGAGAGGGAAGGUGAACAAUUGGCAUCAGCUGGCAUGAUUGAUAAAGGGGAAACUGGAGAAUUAGAGAUGGCAUUAGCAAUUAAUCAGAAUGAAAUAAUGAAAAGCCUGAGGCCAUCUCAGGAAAAGGCAGAGAUUGCUGUCAUAGAUGCUGUGGGAGAAAAAUUACCAUUCCAAGAAAAGAUUUUAGCCUGGAGUCCAGAAUUGGAAAGACCAACUCAAGAGAUAGCAGGGGUAGGCUCCAGAGAAGGGAUAUCCAGAUCAUAUAGGCAAGAGGGUAAACUAAGCCGAGAACUUAUUUCAGAAUUGGUAAGAAUUGGCCAGGAAAGAAGAAAUUUUGGCUUAGGUCAAGUAGAAUUACUAGAAACAAGCAUAAAGCUCACUGAAGACUUAGAUAAAUUGGGUAGUGAAGAACAAAGUCACAAAGUGAAAGGUAAAAUAAUUAUAGGCUUGGCAGGGCUAAGACAAGGGUCAAUUCAAGUAACACCACAUAGGACUGUUCGGUCAGCAGGAGGCUAUGAUGGAGUGUUGGCACAUGUAGCUCCAGGAUUAAUUGUAACUGGUUUAAGGAAGCCUGAGGGAAAGAGACUAACAAAACAAGAUCAUAUGCAAUUGGACAAGAGGACAUUAGAACAAAGGGAGACACGAUCAGCUGAACAGGGGCGUUUUGGAGUAAGCAUGAGGUCAAAUGAAGCAGUGGUCUUCAUGGGCUACCGAAUUGGGCGGGAAAGAAUGUCUUGUUUGUCAGAGGCAGAGAAGAGGAUGGUGAAAAUUCAGCUGCCUGAGUUAGAGGAGAUUGGGAAAAAGCCUGCAAUAGAACAGGUAGAGGUACCCAGGCAGGAACAGGAAGUGAGGAAGGAAGAGAUACAAGAAAUUAAUGCCAAUGAAGUAGUAUGGCAUCAACUAGAGCAAGUGCCAACAGCUUGGCUUGGUAGACCAUUGACACGAGAUUAUAUGGCAGCACAAAGUUCUGGGUGGACUGCAGGCAUAGGGCCAGGACAUGGGCGCAUUUCAAGGUCACUUCGGGCAGGAAUAAAAGAAAGAAUUAACUUGAUGGUGAUGGGUGAGAGUGCAACAAAAUCAGCACAGAAGCUUGAGCCAUUACAUUUUGGAAUGAGAAGAAGGAUGUUUGAGCUUACAAGCAAGUCUGCCAAUGUGCAUUGGUUAAAUGAGAUACUGAAGCCAAGACCACCAGGUUCUCGACUUGGUGUUGCAGAUCAGAAGGUUCAUGAGGAAAGAAGUCCUGGCCUGAUGACUGAAAGGCAAAGUCCUGGUUUGUUUGCAAGGAAAAAAGAACUAAAAGAUUGGAGGGAUGGGGUGAUGGGAGUAGCAAUCAGGAGAUACAAUGCAAUGCGACUUGCUAUGUGGGGAGAAGGCCCAAUUGGUUUGCACAUAAAAGGGAGAAGGUUAACUGAGGAUUUAUAUGGCCUUACAAGUCGCUCCCAUAAGGUGAGUUCCAUUUUGGGGCAGGUUGAAAGGAGAGUGUUAACAAUAGCACAACAGGUAACAAACGAGAGAGUAUCAGGUUUGGAAGUGGGUGGACAAAGUCUGGCUGAGAUACUGAAGCAGGAUAUGGAGUUAGCAAGGUCAAAGAAAGGUGAGAAAUUUUCAAGGUAACUGGUAAAACAAAUUAUGCAGUGAAUUUAGGGAUAUUGGGUUGUUUAAGAAUUAGUGGAAAAGCAGAGAAUGUAUAGAGAAUAGUGCAGUUUAAGGACAAAACUUCAGGUUGAGAGGAUUUAUAUAUUUGUCAAAGGAAUAGAGAAAGAUGAAAGGCCAAGACAAUGGUACAAGUAACAAAGUAUUGAGACUUAAGGAACAAAGAGAAUGAAAUGAGGAAACAAGGUUAAAAAUUGACCUUGAGAAAAUUGGUGAUUUUGAUCAUCUGGGAUUAGUGGCUGUGAGUGGAAGGUAGCUAAAAUCUUUCAGAAAGGAAACUUGACUGGAACAUUUAGUAGCAUCUCAAACAGGUUCUUGCCUUUUCUCAUAGGCUUGGAUUUGGUAGCUGGUGCUUACAUUAAACAUCUCCACUGUAACCUGUAGUCAAGCUAUUCCUGUGCUGCCUGCAUUGCAAUCAUGGAGAAACAGGAUAACCUUUUGCUAGUGCUUCAAAGAGAA